UCACAGAACAACACAGAACAUCACAGAACAUCACAGAACAACACAGAACAUCACAGAACAACACAGAACCCUCCGGCACUGCACACCACUUCUUCAUCCUUGAUACCGACUGUGGACCGAGAGGACCACCUGUUGAAGAUCUCAAAGCAAAACCGUUUCUGACAUGCACUUUGAGAAAUCGCCAAAAGAGAAGCAGUGUAGCAGUUUGCCCACAGUGAAGGAACUCUUGGAGCAGAAGAGAAGACGUGAGACGUUUUCUGUCCCGCCCUCCUGCACAAGUCCUGCUCCUCCAACCACUGUUCCACAGUUACCUUCAGCAGAACAGUUUACCUGUACAGGUGCAUCAAGCAGCUACUCAGACAUGGCAGUGAGCUAUGAGCAGUGGACCCAUGCAGCAGCAGAGUCUGCAGUGGGUUACUACCCCAGCCAUCCAGAAAGCAGCUACGCUGCAGCCUGCAGCCUCCUGAUGACAUCUCAAUACGGCACACAGCAGCAGCUCCCGGGGUAUGGAGGAGACACAACGUCUCACACAUACGAGUGCCCGAUGAGUGCAGUCACACAUCCCGGCAUAGCUUCUUCUUGGUCCCUUCUGGGUUCCAAUCCGACCGCACAGCUGGGUUUUGGUUCGUCAAUGGACGUCGCCAAGCUGGAGCAGGCCAGGAUGCUGCUCAGCGGGAUGGAUGACGGCAGAGCUACUGGGCAGGAUGAAGAUGGAGACACCAUGCUGCACAUCUACACUGCCAAGGGGCUCAGGGAGUGCGCCUUCGCUGCUGCAGAGAGGCUGAGGGAUGUCGGCCGGCUCGAUGCCAAAGAGCACAAGGGAAAGACCGCUUUACUGGUGGCGGUGACGGCCAACCAGCCGGAGAUUGUACGAGAUCUGCUGUCCCUUGGAACGGACUUCAAUGCUUGUGACGUUAAAGGACAAACUGCCCUUCACCUGGCUGCCCACUAUGGUUUACCUGGGGUUCUUCAGGCAAUUCUCUCCAGCAGGCCGGCUGUCAACCUGGAGGCCUGCAAUUUUGAGGGUAUGACUCCUCUGCACUGUGCAGCCAUUUCUCACAGUGUCACCGUGAAGGCGUUGUCCAGCAGUGGGCUGACGGAUGUCGGUCUUCAGACCAAGGCUGCGGAGAAGCUCUCCUGUGUACAGAUGCUUCUCACCGCCGGGGCAUUCCUGCUCAGCCAGGAAAUCAAAAGUAACAAGACUGUGCUGCACUUGGCAGUAAAGGAGGGGGACAUCGAUCUGGUGACUUAUCUGUUAAGGAUUCCUCUGCUGAAUAUUAAAGACUUUGUCAACUUGAAAGCGCAUGGUCACACAGCUUUACACAUGGCAGCCGGUCUCCAUGGCAACCCCCACCAGGAGGAGAUCCUGCAGCUGCUCCUGCGCAGAGGAGCCGAUCCCAGUAUCCGCAACCUGGAGAACGACCAGCCAGCUCACCUGCUGCAGAGCGGCCUCCAGGGAGAGCAGCUCAAGCUCAUGCUGAAGAAACGAAGUGCUUCCUCUCGUCGACGUAUCGUGUCUUUGCAGGACCAGGAAUGAUAUGAAAAUCCCCACUUGUAAUCCCCAUUUGGAGGGAAUGAGUUUAUAAGAUGUUGCCUCUGUUAAGAAGAGGAUUUACAGUGUAUUGUUAUGUUGCUUUGGGAAUCUCUGGCCUAUAUAUUAACAAAAUAGUUUGGAUUAUUAAUCUCUUGAUAUCAAGUCCAAUUGAUUCGACAAAUCCUGCUUUACUGUGUAAAUCUUAAAUGACCUGCGAUAUGAUGUAUGUAAAAAAAAAAGAGGCUUUAUUUAUUUUUCAACACGCAGGGUGAAUAAUUCAUGUGUAGGCAAAGUAUCUCUUUCCAAAAUGUUUAAAAAUCAGACUAUAAGAGACAUUUUUUAUUAUAUAUUUAACUUUUUUAAUUGAGAGCCUUUAAACAAGGAAGAGCAUCUACAAACAGCAGAGGCUAUGGAGUAGUUUUAAUUCUCAUAACCGGCUACACUCCCAGUUUAAUGUUGAUUUCUAUGAAAUAAUUUGUUUGAUCUCCAGGACCAUGUCCCUGAAAGCCCUCUGACUCUAUUGUCAAAACCCCCAUCAUGACAUUUAUCAUAUUGAUACACUGAGGGUUGUGAUUUCAGUCAGCAUGGGUGCUUAUGUUAAGAACGCGUGUGGUAAAAAUGAGAAGGAGUUAUCACAUAAAUUAACUUUCUGUCUGUAUGCAUCAUAUUUAAAUGGGUAACAUCAAGUACAUGUUUUCUUUGUGGGAAAAUAAACUUAACUCUGUGUGAAGCUAUUUUGUAUUUGAAACUGGUUGUGACAAUAAAUGUCAUAGAGACAUUCGAUGAGUCAGUGUGGUGACAAAUUGUCUGACUAACUGUACAUUUUGCUCAUGUCAUAAAUAAAAGUACAAUAACACUUUAAAUUUC